AUGUUUACCAGGAGCCGUUCGGUUGGUUCCGAUGGCAGCCGCAACAAAGACGACGAGGCGAAGGAAGCCUCGGGAGAUGAGGAUGUAGAGGAUGAGCAGGAGCCAGAAGGGGAGGAUCUUGUAGAUUCUGAAGAAUAUGAUGAAGAUGAGGAUGAAGAGAGGCGAAGAAAGAAACGGAAGAAAGAUAGCCGUUAUGGAGGGUUCAUUAUUGAUGAAGCUGAGGUGGACGACGAAGUUGAUGAAGAUGAUGAAUGGGAGGAAGGAGCCCAAGAAAUGGGUAUUGUGGGCAAUGAAGUGGAUGAGAUUGGACCUACUGCCAGGGAGAUUGAGGGGCGGCGUAGGGGUACUAAUCUUUGGGACUCACAGAAGGAGGAGGAAAUUGAGGAGUACCUAAGGAAUAAGUAUGCUGACGAGUCCGCAGCAUUGCGGCACUUUGGUGAAGGUGGUGAGGAAAUGUCCGAUGAGAUUACUCAGCAAACACUUCUCCCUGGAAUCAAGGACCCUAACUUAUGGAUGGUGAAAUGUCAUAUCGGUGAAGAGAAAGCAACAGUUCUACUGCUGAUGAGGAAGUUCAUUGCAUACAAGAACUCAGAGGAGCCAUUCCAGAUCAAAUCAGUAGUUGCACCCGAAGGUGUCAAAGGCUACAUCUAUAUAGAAGCUUACAAACAAACACAUGUCAAGGCAAUUAUAAACAAUGUCAGUGCUCUAAGAAUGGGCACAUGGAAACAGGACAUGGUGCCCAUCAAAGAAAUGACAGAUGUCUUGAGGGUAGUUAAGGAACAGUCUGGUCUAAAACCCAAGCAGUGGGUCAGGUUGAAGAGAGGUUUAUAUAAAGACGACAUUGCGCAAGUAGACUACGUGGACUUGGCUCAGAACCAAGUUCACUUGAAACUUCUGCCGAGGAUAGACUACACGAGGCUGCGGGGCGCCCUCAGGACGGUACAGAGCGAAAGCGAGGCGGCCAAGAGGAAGAAGAAGCGGCGCCCCGCGGCGAAACCUUUCGACCCCGAGGCGAUUCGCGCCAUCGGCGGUGAGGUCACUUCCGAUGGUGACUUCCUCAUAUUCGAGGGCAACAGAUAUUCGAGGAAAGGGUUCUUAUACAAGAAUUUCACCAUGUCCGCCAUUUUAGCAGAAGGAGUCAAGCCUUCCCUCACAGAGCUGGAGAGGUUCGAGGAGCAGCCCGAGGGCAUCGACAUCGAGCUGGCGGCACCGGCCAAGGACGACCCGACCAGUCUCCAUUCGUUCUCAAUGGGAGAUAACGUGGAAGUAUGUUCCGGGGAUCUCGCCAAUUUGCAAGCGAAGAUCAUCGCCAUAGAUGGGUCAAUGAUCACGGUGAUGCCCAAACACGACGCGCUGAAGGACCCCCUCGUGUUUAAGCCCAACGAGCUGCGGAAGUACUUCAAGCAGGGCGACCACGUGAAGGUUUUGGCCGGCCGGUACGAAGGCGACACCGGUCUCAUAGUGAGGGUCGAGCCGCACAGAGUGGUCCUCGUGUCGGACCUGACUAUGCACGAGCUGGAGGUCCUGCCUAGGGAUCUGCAACUCUGCUCGGACAUGGCCACCGGCGUGGACUCGCUGGGCCAGUUCCAGUGGGGCGACAUGGUGCAGCUGGACCCGCAGACGGUGGGCGUGAUCGUGAGGCUCGAGAAGGAGAACUUCCACGUGCUCGGCAUGCAGGGCAAAGUGAUCGAGUGCAAGCCGCAGGCGCUGCAGAAGCGGCGCGAGAACCGUUUCACGACGGCGCUCGACUCGGAGCACAACUCGAUCCAGAAGAAGGACAUCGUGAAGGUGAUCGACGGGCCGCACGCGGGCCGCGAGGGCGAGAUCAAGCACCUGUACCGCAACUUCGCGUUCCUGCAGUCGCGCAUGUACCUGGACAACGGCGGCAUCUUCGUGUGCAAGACGCGCCACCUGCAGCUGGCCGGCGGCGCCAAGAACGCGGGCGCCCUGGCCGGCAUCGCGCUCGGCUUCAUGUCGCCGCGCAUCCAGUCGCCGAUGCAUCCGUCGGGGCGGGGCGGCGGCGGCGGCGGCGGAGGGGGGCGGGGCGGCGGCAGGGGCCGCGGCGGCAGGGGCGCCGUGGCCAGGGACCGCGAGCUGCUGGGCCAGACCAUCAAGAUCACGGGCGGGCCGUACAAGGGCAACGUGGGCAUCGUGCGCGACGCCACGGGCAGCACGGCGCGCGUGGAGCUGCACGCCACGUGCCAGACCAUCUCGGUGGACCGCGGGCACAUCGCGGCGGCGGGCGGCGGCGCGCGCGCCGGCGCCGCCUCUGCCUACGCGCGCACGCCCGGCCGCGCGCCCGGCUCGCACACGCCCACCUACCGCGACACGGGCAUCAAGACGCCCAUGCACGGCUCGCAGACGCCCAUCUACGAGUCGGGCGCGCGCACGCCGCACUACGGCUCGGCCACGCCGUCGCACGAGGGCGGGCGCACGCCGGCGCACGGCGUGUGGGACCCCGCGGCGGCCGCCACGCCGGCGCGGCCCGACUUCGACUUCGAGGAGGCGGCGCCGGCCGCGUACGAGGCGGGCGGCGGCUACGGCCAGGGCCCCUUCACGCCGCAGACGCCGGGCACCAUGUACGGCUCCGACCACUCGUACAGCCCGUACCGGCCCAGCCCCAGCCCGGCGGGCUUCCCGGCCGGCUACCUGGGCGCGCCCAGCCCGGCCGACUACUCGCCCAGCUCGCCCGCCUACGCACCGCCCACGCCCGGCGAGCCGGCGCACGCCGACUGGCCCGCGCCCGACGUGGAGGUGCGCGUGGCCGCCGCCGCCGAGGAGGCGCUGCGCGGCCUCAGCGGCGUGGUGCGCUCCGUGGCCGCCGGCGCCUGCGCCGUCUACCUGCCGCACGACGACCGCCUCGUCUCGCUGCCCCCCGCGCUGCUCGAGCCCGUCGUGCCCCAGUCCGGCGACCGCGUCAAGGUGAUAGCGGGCGAGGACCGCGAGGCCGUGGGGCAGCUGAUCUCGAUAGAGAACCAGGAGGGCGUGGUCAAGUUCGGCACCGACGACAUCAAGAUCAUGCAGCUGCGCCAUCUGUGCAAGAUGAGCGCCAAC